UAAACUAAAGCCAAUUUCCCUUCACACAUAGAUCACAAACAUUAAGAGGAAACCAAGCCAAAAAACAAAGAAAAGAAAGGAUAAUUGUAAGCAAUGGCUUCAACACAAUGUUUCUUGCACCAGCAUGCACUCUCUAGCUCAGCAGCUAGAACAACAUCCUCAGUGUCAUCACAGAGGUACGUUUCAUCCCUUAAGCCUAACCAAUUGGUUUGCCGUGCCCAAAAACAGUCCUCACCUCAAGAAGAUGAUGGCAACAGCGUCGUCGUCUCUCGACGAUUGGCUCUCACUGUCCUUAUUGGUGCUGCGGCCAUUGGUUCCAAGGUUUCCCCUGCAGAUGCUGCUUAUGGAGAAGCUGCAAAUGUUUUUGGUAAGCCAAAGGAAAACACUGAUUUCUUGGCAUACAACGGAGAUGGAUUCAAGUUGCAAGUCCCAGCUAAAUGGAACCCCAGCAAAGAAGUUGAGUUCCCUGGUCAAGUUCUCAGAUAUGAAGACAACUUUGAUUCCACCAGCAAUCUCAUUGUCACUGUCACUCCAACUGAUAAGAAAUCCAUCACUGACUACGGCUCCCCCGAAGAGUUCCUCACUCAAGUGGACUUUUUGCUAGGAAAGCAAGCUUACUUUGGUAAAACUGAUUCAGAGGGUGGAUUUGAAUCUGGUGCAGUGGCAACUGCAAACCUAUUGGAGACAUCAAGCUCAACUGUAGGAGGAAAAGAGUACUACAUCUUGUCAGUAUUAACAAGAACUGCAGAUGGAGAUGAAGGUGGUAAGCACCAAUUGAUCUCAGCUACAGUAAAUGGUGGCAAACUUUACAUUUGCAAAGCACAAGCUGGUGACAAGAGAUGGUUUAAGGGUGCUAGGAAGUUUGUGGAGAAUGCUGCCACUUCUUUCAGUGUUGCUUAAUUAAGAAUGAAAAAAAAGUAAAACCAUUAGUAUUAAGUUUGUAUGUACUUAGUUCUCCCCCCUCUUAAAAAGAAAUAUGGUGCUGAGAUGAGUUGCUUAAUUGGACUUCCUUUUUUCUCUUUUCAAGCCACCCUAAAAUAGUUUGUAGAGAUGUUUGAAGUAUUGUUGGAGAAAGCUAAUGUUAAUAAUUUUAAUAUUUUCUUUGCAUAUAUUAGACACCCUUUUAGACA